CGCCGUUGCAAUUUUUUUUAUUUAAGCAGUGUGUGAGAGAACACAGAACAAAAAUGCCGGAGCCAGCAAAAUCUGCUCCCGCUCCCAAGAAGGGCUCUAAAAAAGCUGUGACGAAGACUCAGAAGAAGGGCGAUAAGAAGCGCAGAAAGACUAGGAAGGAGAGUUAUUCCAUCUACGUGUACAAAGUGCUGAAACAAGUUCACCCGGACACCGGUAUCUCCUCUAAGGCCAUGGGGAUCAUGAACUCCUUUGUGAACGACAUCUUCGAGCGCAUUGCGGGGGAAGCGUCUCGCCUGGCUCAUUACAACAAGCGAUCAACCAUCACUUCCCGGGAGAUCCAGACCGCUGUGCGCCUGCUUCUGCCGGGGGAGCUGGCCAAACAUGCUGUGUCUGAGGGCACCAAGGCCGUCACCAAGUACACCAGCUCCAAGUAAAUAGUUUGCUGUGAGACUACGAACACCUAUAACCCAAAGGCUCUUUUAAGAGCCAUCCA